UUGGGGACACGUGGAGGAGACACCGCCACCGCAGUGCACACACUACCCCAUGCCUGGGCACAGGCUCUGCCUCAAGCACACACUGCAGCUGGUGGAAAGGAGGCUCCAGCACAUGACCAAGCCCCUGUGGAGCGAUCUGAUCCCGCCCAGACCUGCACGUCCUGCACCAUCCUGGAUCUCCAAGGAAAUGGAGGACCCUGACGCUGCCUUCAUGCAACCUCCCAGCCAUGCUGCCGUGGGGGAUGCAUUCACGGGGCCGUUGCUGUUGCCCUGCCUAAGGGACACCUUUGUGCUUUUGGAGGAAGAUGGCGUGGCUCUCCCCAGCCCAGCCUGGCACCCUCCUAAGUCCCCACCAGGACAGGCAGAUGGGUGUCAGAGUCACCCCAUGCCUGUGCCAGUGUUGGAGCCGGCGGAUGCCCAACAUCUGGACUUCCACAUCUGGUGCCUGAACCUGCAGCGCCAGCUGGGCCUCCCCAGCCCGGAUGCCAAGUCACUGGCCCACCUGAUCCACGCAGUGCCACUCCAGUGCCCCCGUCCCACAUAUGCUGAGAGAGACCGGCUCCAGAAAAGCAUCUCCCGUACCCCUCGGGAUUGCCGCACAGCCCUGUGGGUCUUGCACCCACUGCCCACUCUGCCAGAGGAGCCACCACACUGGGAGGAGGACGAGGCCAUGAAGACAGAGGAGCCUGGAUCCGACCGACAGGAUAAGUUCGCGCGGCCUCUGGGAUUGGACACCCAGGAGCCCUGUGUCUGCCUCCCCCAGCCCUUGCCCUGCCGGGCCCCAAGGCUCAUGAGCCUCCCUGAGGCUGCCCUGAGCCAGCCCACGCCCCAUGCUGACACCAGUCUGCAGCCUUCUUUCCAGCAGGGGAGCCCGGAGACACAGCCUCCACUGGCCCGCGGGUCCCAGGGGAUGGCUCCGUGUGGGAAAGAGACUCCCUCAGCUGCCCAGGCCCAUCCUCAGGGGAAGCCUUGCAGCACAGCUGAGCCAGAGAAGGGCCCAGAGCACUGCCACCCCCCCCCCCCCCGAACCCCUGAGGUGUUGGAGCGGCACCUCAUGGGGGAGCGGCUCCAGGAGGUGACUGAAGAGCCGGGCCCGGCCUCUUGCCGAAUGCCCCCAGGGGCAGAGACUGACACAGGAAAGAAGGAUCUCUCCCACCCGUGGGGCACCACCAAUGAAGGUACAACAAGCAGCUUCAGACGCCUCCUUCCCACCCCGCUCCAGUUUGCUGCUGACCCGCUGGAGAAGCAGUGCCCCCAGGGUGUCAGUGCCAUUCGCCCCCACCAGGCCCCUGUGCCAGCUGUCUUCUCCACCCAGGUGGAUGUCCAGGCUCAAGACCAGGUCAGCGUCCACCGGAUGAGCCUGAGCUUCAGACUAGAUGCCCCCGGCGGGCCAGCUCAGGAGGGGACACCCACAGGGGGCUCCCGGGGGACAUGGAAGGGGGUGAAGGGUCAGGAGAAGGCAGGGACAUCUGAGCAGGGGGUGGACGAUGCCACAAAAGUCUGGCUUCGCACAUGCCAAGCCCUGGAUGGGAUCUGUCAAAUGUGUGGCAAGAAGCAGCAGAGGAAGCCAGGUGUCUCUUUGGGCCCUGGCGACUUCCAGGGACCCCUUGGAAAGCCUCAGCGCUCAUCUCCAGGGGACCCCUUGCGUCCUUCCAAUCUGGACCAGAAGCCCCUGGAGAGAGGGAGCAAGAUGCAGGACAGGAGGGUGAGGAGAGCUCCCCACGAACGACCCCAAACUUUCUCUGUCAGCACCAGCACCAUAGAUUUACCCCAGCAGAUGGAUGGAGCCACUUCUCUCCUGGCCACCAAAAAAAAGAAACCCCAGACCAGGACCCCAUCAGUGCCCAGAAAAAAGGUCCCUUUGUGCUGCCGCUUCCUGAGGAGCCUCCAGUGCACCUUUUCCAAGCUGUGCCUCACCAUGAGGUCCCGGCUGUCCCGGGAUCCACGGAACAAAGUCCCCAACGUCAGGCUCACAAAGCCUCCCUUGCGCCAUCAGGCCUCCAAGGUGGUGCCCCAUUGA